AUGGCCUUUGCCAUCAAUGAGAUCAACAAGAACCCCCAAAUCUUGCCGAACAUCACCCUUGGCUUCCACAUCUGUGACAGCUAUUCUAAUUCAUGGAUGACCUAUCGGACCACUCUCAACCUACUCUCCAAAAGGAUGAGAUUCGUUCCCAAUUAUGAGUGUGAUGGAAAGAAAAAUCUCCUAGCAGUCAUUGGGGGACUGGGUUCCGACAUCUCUGUUCUUAUGGCUGACAUCUUAGGUCUCUACAAAAUUCCUCAGGUGGUUCCCAUUUCGGUUUGCAACAAGUACUGCCAUCCUGGCUUUCAGAAGAAAAGUAAGGAAGGCGAAAAGUUUUGUUGUUAUGAUUGUGUUCUAUGCCCAGCAGGAAGGAUUUCAAACCAGACAGCUGACAUGGAUGACUGUUUCAAAUGUCCAGAAGACAAGUAUCCAAAAGAGAACAAAAAUGGAUGCCUGCCCAAGCUUGUCAUCUUUUUGUCUUAUGAAGAAUCUUUAGGGUGGAGUUUAGUCUCGGUUGCUCUCUCUUUUUCCCUGAUCACAGCCUGGGUCUUAGGAAUUCUCAUGAAGCACAAAGACACCCCCAUUGUCAAAGCCAACAACCGGGACCUCACCUACAUUCUCCUCAUCUCUCUCCUCCUCUGCUUCCUCUCUUCUUUGCUCUUUCUUGGACGACCUGGAAAGUUGAGCUGCCUCCUCCAACAGCCGGCCUUUGGCAUCAUCUUUACAGUGGCCGUUUCUUGUGUCUUGGCCAAAACCAUCACUGUGGUCAUGGCUUUCAUGGCCACCAAACCAGGAUCCAACAUGAAGAAAUGGCUGGGAAGAAGGACAGCAAACUGCAUUGUGCUCUCCUGCUCUUUGGGUCAAGCAGGAAUUUGUUCUGUGUGGUUAGGAACAUCGCCGCCAUUCCCAGCAUUUGACAUGCAAUCAUUGACUGAAGAGAUUAUAGAAUUAUGUAAUGGGGGCUCUUUUAUCAUGUUUUACCUUGUCCUGAGCUAUAUGGGCUUUUUGUCCCUCAUCUGCUUCAUGUUGGCCUUCUUAGCCAGGAAACUUCCAGACACUUUUAAUGAGGCCAAGUUCAUCACCUUCAGCAUGGUGGUCUUCUGCAGUGUUUGGGGGUCCUUUGUUCCCACCUAUUUGAGCACCAAGGGGAAACACAUGGUUGCUGUGGAGAUCUUCUCUAUCUUAGCUUCCAGUGCUGGCCUCUUGAUCUGCAUCUUUGCUCCCAAGGUUUACAUUAUUCUCUUGAGGCCUGAGUUAAACACCAAGGAGCAGCUUAGAAGGUGGAAAAAAGAAUGA